AUGCCCUCUGCGAAAGGGCUCGUCCCCGAGCACCAUCCGCACUUCAUCGGCACCUAUUGGGGGGCAGUCGGGACGCCAUUUUGCGGCGAGAUAGUCGAGUCGGCCGAUGCUUAUAUCUUCGUGGGCCCGAUUUUCAACGACUACAGCUCGGUGGGCUAUUCGCUAUUGCUCAAACGGGAGAAGGCUAUCAUUGUGCAGCCAGAUCGGGUCGUGAUUGGGAAUGGGCCCACAUUCGGGUGCGUGCUCAUGAAGGACUUCUUGCACGAGCUGGCGAAGAAAGUUGAGAGGAACACGACGGCUUAUGAGAACUACAAGAGGAUUUAUGUUCCGGAAGGUUUGCCGAUUAAGAGCGAGCCGAACGAGCCCUUGAGGGUGAAUGUUCUGUUUCAGCAUAUUCAGAAGAUGCUUUCGGGUGAAACGGCCGUCAUUGCUGAGACGGGUGAUUCUUGGUUUAAUUGUCAGAAGCUUAAGCUUCCCGAAGGAUGCGGAUACGAGUUUCAAAUGCAGUACGGUUCGAUUGGGUGGUCGGUUGGUGCUACAUUGGGGUAUGCUCAGUCGGUGCCUAAAAAACGAGUCAUCGCUUGCAUUGGUGAUGGUAGCUUUCAGGUGACAAUGCAGGACGUGUCGACAAUGAUUCGAAAUGGGCAAAAGAGCAUCAUUUUCUUGAUAAACAAUGGCGGGUACACGAUCGAGGUAGAAAUCCACGAUGGCCCGUAUAAUGUGAUCAAGAACUGGAACUACACGGGAGUAAUCGACGCCAUUUGUAACGGCGAAGGCAAUUGUUGGACUAAAAAGGUUUAUUGUGAGGAGGAUCUUAUUGAGGCUAUAGAGACAGCAACUGGAGAGAAAAAGGAUUGCCUGUGUUUUAUCGAGGUUAUUGUUCACAAGGAUGAUACAAGCAAAGAGCUUCUUGAGUGGGGGUCAAGGGUCUCUUCUGCUAAUAGUCGCCCACCAAAUCCACAAUAA